GAACUUGCACUUUUACGGCAAUGAGCGCGUCGAGACAAUCGAAACGGGUUCACACAUCGUCCCCAUUGCUGCGGAAAUAAUAAUUGUGUGGGUCAAUGCACUUGUACACUCACGGAGCGCCCGACUUUUCCCUGGCCACGGCCUCAAAUUGGACAAUUUCGACGGCUAGGCUCGGACUCAUUAUGAGUGACAAACGGUUCGUCUCUGGCCAAUCCAGUUUGUUCAACUCCAGCACUGGGAUUGCCAUCGCCUCGCCAUCGGUGUUACAUUAACAUUAUUAUGCGCUCUGGCGUGCAGGCAUACAUGUGCAGAUCUAGUUUGGCUCGUUACAUAUUUAUUUCUCGUGUGGGAAACUUGUUUUUCUCCCAGCCAACCAUCAGGCUCCCGGGUCUGGUUUGUUGUUGGCCAUUGAUGGCGGAGACUUCCGAGCUUCCGUUUGCAGCACGGAGCGCCAGUAUAAAUGAUUUGGCCAGCUCCAAGGAGGCCUCACUUCGUGUGAGAUCUUUGAAAGUGAAGGUGGUUCAACUGGAGCACUGCCUAUGAGUAGACGAAAGUGAUUCGCACAGAUCAAUUGCAAUUUAAUUGGACAUGCAUGGUUUACUAGUUCUGCUGUUGUGCGCCUUCUGCUGCAGUGUGGCCGCCAAGCCUCCGGCAGCUCGGCGGGCACAGCUGCACGACGAUGUCCAGCUCAUCCACCCGCACAUCAUCACCAUAGAGCGAUUGGAGAACCUGCUGCGCCGUGCUGGCGAGAUCUUUGGACCCGCUCUGGAGGAAGAUUCCAUGGCGGAGGCCAGUGACCAGGUGCCGGAGCAGGUGCAGCCGCAGUUGCAGCCGCAGCAACGCAUGCUGCCGCCCACGGAGCAGCCGUACAACUUCUAUCUGCCGCUCUUCGACUACGUGGAGCCCAAGCUGGACGCCAAGAGCCGGAUGAUGGAGAAGAUUGCUCCGCCGCCGCAGCGAUCGGAGCACAACUACUACGCGGACAAGCCAAAGAAGAAGCCAAAGAAGUUCAAUGCGGCCAACAAGCACAUCAAUCUCAACCUCAAGUGGCUGAACACCUACGAGAAGGCCAUGGGCGGACCGAGUGCCCCCAAAGCUAUGUACCUGGAGCAGGACGAGCGCAACCGGAUCAACUUCGACGACUCCUUCUUCGCGGUGGACAUGCAGGUGAAGAUGCCGGACAAUCAGCCGCACAAGGAGACUGUCGUGCCCGCAGAGCUCCUGCAGCACGGCGAGGAGCAGGCCGAAGAGGAUCUUAUGGCGGCUCCGGCGCAGAUGGCGCCCGUCAGGAUUGAGCAUCGCACAUAGGUGGGUUUUUUGUUCAUAGGUUUUAGUCAGUUGUAUAAAAAUGCUACAAUAAAUGCACUCCCCGAGUAAAGUGAGUAAAGGCUAGGGAGA